AUGUCUCUCGACUCCGUCACCGGCGGUGUCACAAAUCGCAUCCCAAUAAACAAACUCGAAUCAACAACAACUCGCAACGUGAAAAACAUCCCAAAACUAGACCGACCCGUGAAACAGAUCAACAAAUCCACCAAAGACCUUACAGACCCCAUAGUUCCCGGCGAAUUCCCCCGCGAUGAAGGCCAACCACGCACACAACACGACCCAGCUCCAGUCGAAGGACUCUGGUCUAGUAUGACAGGAUGGAUGUCCUCUUUAUUCCCACAAGCAAUGGAUCGUUUCGAGAACCUUGUCAAAUGGCUCGUGGAAUAUAUCCUCCCACCAGCGAAGCAAGGACAAAUGUAUGACGCAGCGUUGAAACGACCCAUCGCGUCGACGUUUAUUGUUUGCCAAAUUAUCUGCUGUGGAGUCCCGCUGCUUAUAUUCCUAGCGGGUGUUUUUCUGUUCGCAGCUGUUGCGGUUUUAUUGUGGGCUGUGCUUUCGUUGCUGAUUCUGGGUCCGGUCUUGGUGGUUGCUAGUAUGAUGGGUGUUUCGCUUUGGGGAUGGGGUUGGAUUUUGUAUGGGUUGGUGGGAUGGGUUGAUCAGAAGUUUUUGGGUGGUUUAAUUUCUAGGUUUUGGUUGCCUAGGAUUCAGCCACAGGGUGAUGAUGAGGAGGGGGAAGGCGAGGAGUCAACGGGUGAGGAUGAGAAGAAGGAUACUUGA